GCCAACCAGCCAGCCAGCAAGCCACGGGGAAGUUUGAAUAUGGAGAUGAUAAAAAAAUAUUCGAGGAUAUAUGGAAUAGUUCAGAUUUUGCCUUCGGUUUGUCUGCAUUUUUUGUGUGUUUGGCGAAUCCGACGAAAAAAGAAGAAUUGCCCAUAGAGCGUGACUAGCGGAGAUCUUGCUGUCAGUAAUACACGUUGCGAGUUUCCAUUCCCGUUGUCGCGUAGUAGACGGAGCGGUUUGCAUCGUAACUUGGUCACUUCCGUUAAUCUGCAUAGCGCUGCUGUUAUUGUUGUUGCAAGCGUGCUCAGUGCAUAAAGUGAGAGAUUCUGUACGCGAGUGUGAUAAUUAAAUUAGCAAUUUGCUGAAAAAUUGUUGUGUAUCUUGACCUACUCCCUCCAGUUACAAGGACUCAAGAAACCGGUUCAACCCCGUAAAGUGGGUCGGCAACGAUUUAAAGACAAACAACUCGCAGUCGUCGUCGUCUUCGUCGUUGCCGUUGAUGUCAUAGUCGUUGCCAUCGUCAUCACAGCGGAUACUAAUUACACGACCACAGCCAACGUUAGCACCCAGUGACCCCUCCGAUCCGUUACCAAUCAGCCUCGACACGUAGGAGCGCUUGGUGGCAUUCGCCGGCGGGGUGAAGAUGUGAUGUCCCCAACAUGUAUGACUUUCUGUUAUCGCCCCUAUGGUAUUGUACAUUCCACAUCAAAGGCCCAUCAUUAUCAUCAACCAACACAGCAGCAAUAGAUUUACGGCACAAAAACGGCUGCCGGAAAUUUUCUUCAAGCCGUCAGUCAGCCCUUUCUCAAACAGCCAUCAUCAGUCAUCCCGUGUAAUUAAUUGACACGUUUUAAGUUAAAUUUAUAUGGUCUAACACUCGUCGCAGCUUAAGCAGAAAGUUCUGCGACCGGCAAAGCCUGCGCUAAACGACCGAAAGAGAGGAAAUAUGCUGAAGGAUCUCAUUGCGGCAGCCGAAGCCGUGACACCAGAAAAGUGUGCCGGAUGUGGAAUAUCUAUAAGAGACAGAUACUAUUUGCUGGUAGCUGACCGAGCCUGGCACAACCAGUGUCUGCGGUGCUGCAAGUGCCUGGCCAACCUGGAAACGGAACUGAGCUGCUACGCCCGGGAAGGCAACAUCUACUGCAAGGAUGAUUACUACAGGCAUUUCUCGUCCCGUCGCUGUGCUCGUUGCGGAUCCGGUAUCAGCGCAUCCGAGUUGGUGAUGCGAGCCAAGGAUUUAAUUUUCCACGUAAACUGUUUCUCUUGUGCAAUAUGUGGCCAACUGCUGCGAGGCGGUGACACCGCCGGUAUUCGAGAAGGACGCAUCUUCUGCGGGGAGCACUACGAUACCGACGUUCUGAGUGAACCAGAAACAAUUUCACCACAGUUUUACCCCGGCGGACAUCAGCCCAUACAGCCCCAGCAGCAUUCCCAAAAGGGACGACCUCGAAAGCGAAAGCCUACACCGCAGUUGCUAGACUCGCAGCAGCAACAGCAAAAUCAGCCACCUUCGCAGCAUGACGCACUGGAUGCCGGAACGCCUCUGCGGUUAGACCUCCUUCAUAAAGAGCUUAGUGUGAGCAAUCUGGAUUUGUCAUCAUAUGACGGAAGCCAAUCUCCUGGAUCCGGUGGCACACUAACGCCAAACUGCCGGACCAAGCGAAUGCGUACCUCUUUCAAGCACCACCAGCUGCGGACGAUGAAAUCCUACUUUGCAGUUAACCAGAACCCAGAUGCCAAGGAUUUGAAACAGCUAGCGCAAAAAACGGGUCUUUCCAAGCGAGUAUUGCAGGUUUGGUUCCAAAACGCACGCGCCAAAUGGCGUCGGAAUGUGAUGCGACAGGAUGGUGGUCUGGUGAAUGCGGGUCAGCCGCUUGGUGGGCUACCAUCGAUUACGACCGCCAGUUUGCACCACCAUCAUCAUCACAGCAGUGGCAACCCGAGCAACACGAACAGCAGCGACGGCGAUAUGUCCUCCAGCCAGGCUCUGGAGGAAAUGCAUAAUAUGACAUUCGCUGAACUAUACUGACAUAAUUUGAUGAUAAAAAAUUUGAUUUUGUCGAAUGUGAUCAAACUAUCGCAAAAUCAGCAGCACAUUCAGCCGCAGUCGAUUGAAGUGACUGUUCCUGAACGCCUCGAUGAUCCCGGCCUAGAGGGGCACGAAACAACGAUGGAAGCCGACGGUGCUGGUACAGAAAUUCCUGAGUCGAAAGGUACUGCUAACUGGAGCAAUGUUUACAGCGAUUCUAAUCAUCAGAGCCGUGUAUAGAGCUUGUUACUACAAAAAAACAAAACGGGCGAGGGGCGUGCAAUAGAAAAUUAUCGAGUGAUUAACAUCGACACUAAUUACUUUAGUUCUUUUUUUCCAGUGGUUAAUGACAGGUGUAUACACUCGAUCUAGAUGUGACAGGUGACAAAAUAUAGACUAGUCACGCUAUCGAACACAACGUAGGUACAUAAAUCACACGAGUUGCUAGUGACUAUCAGACCCAUUUGCUACAAUAAUGCAAUGAACAGUAGAAAUGGAUCCGAGUAGGGAGUUUAUAGCCGCUGUCAAAGUACUACUUAGAAAUUUUCAAAUGCACUGUAUCAUGUCACGAGCAAAUUUUAAGAAAAUAGCAGUAUUGUGAGGGAUUUGAGGAGUUCCAUAUCAACAAAAAUGUAAAUUUCAUACAAAAUUUGGCACAAAAGACAACACAUAAUCACUAACUAAAUGGGAGUCUGUACAGAAAUGAAGAGUGGAUAGCAAAAAAAAAACUGAUCCUCAUGUAGAUUCGGCUUUUUUCGUAGCACCAUCAACAAUGAAAAAAACUAAAACUAGAAAGGUACAAUCUGUAUCGAUACAAAUUACAGUAUCAACAAUAAUGAAAAGUAGAAUGUUGUUGUUUAUUUGAGCUUUUACUUUAUCACCUUUAGAGCAACAUAAUUUUAGCACUAAAUGCCCGUGCAAAUACAACGCAAAAUACCGAAUACUAGUCAGCGAAAUAAUGCAUAAUAGACAUGAACACACCAGUACGGGCGCAGGCACAAAAUUAAAGUAAUAAAUGGAUGUAAUCAUUUUAAUUCCACAGUUUGUUUGUACUAAUUUUUUCCACUCCGCUGGACGUAAAUUUAGAUAACACGAAAAUGGAUGCUUGUUUACACUUUAAUUGAAUGAUUUACCCUCAAUCGCUCUGUAAACGUAGACUGAAACACAAAAAAAAAUAUAAACGAUGUACAAACUCUGUUCUUUUGCUGUCCAUAAUCCGCAGAAUAAUUGCAAUUCAUCGCACUGUGUACAAUUACACAAGCAGAUUAAAUUAUAAACACUAUCCCUGUAAGUUGUUAUUAAAAUGUGAA